AUGGCAUUGCAUUGGGUGUGUUUGGGUGACUUCAAUGAUAUUCUUUCUCCAUCUGAGAAGCGAGGUGGUCGACCCCAACCUCCACGCUUGAUCAAUGGGUUUCGAAAGGCUCUUUGUGAUUCUGGUCUUAUGGAAUUUCCUAUGACAGGAUACCCGUUCACGUGGGAGCAUAGCAGAAACAGUGGUAGUUGGGUGGAAUCUAAGUUGGAUCGUGUUCUUACUAAUGCUCAAUGGCGUGCCAGGUUCUCUAAUUCUUCAGCUGAAGUGAUGGGUUUCUCUACAUCUGACCAUCUACCUAUCCUGCUUGUAGUUAAAUGCUUUGUGGAACAGCGUCAUGCUCACCGGUUUCGUUUUGAGAAUACGUGGCUACGUGAGACUGGUUGCCGGAAUCUUAUUUUUGAUAUUUGGCAGUCUUCUUCUAACAUGGAUGCUACGGGUAAGCUUGAGGCUUGUCGUUCUGCUCUCAAAUCUUGGGGUAUAAAUCUUCGUCUUAAGCACAAAGUGGAGAUGGAUGAGUGCCUUGCUAUCAUGUCCCGUUUACGUGGCUCUCGCCUACAGGAACAUAUAACUGAGUUUUUACGAGCUAAAGUCCGCUUCUUUCACCUCCUAAAUCUCCAUGAGAUCUUCUGGAAGCAGCGGGCCAAGCAAUUUUGGCUUAAGGAGGGUGAUGCUAAUACUCGUUUUUUCCACCAGUCUGCCAGUGCUCGAAAAAGGAAAAACACGAUUGUCAAACUGCUGGAUGAUUCAAAUGUAUGGCGGGACAGGAAUUCGGGGUUGGAGGGUGUGAUGACUGAUUACUUUAUGACUCUUUUUACUUCCCACAGUUGUAAUUCUGAACAUGUUUUGCAGUGUGUCCCGACGUUGGUAUCACAGGAUCAUAAUGCUUCUCUCUUAGCGCCAUACAAUUGUGAUGAGUUGAAUGAGACGGCUUUAGUUUUGAUUCCAAAGAAGUUUGUGCCUGAGCGAAUGAGCGACUUGCGUCCUAUAGCCCUCUGCAAUGUGGUCUAUAAGAUCAUCACUAAGAUGAUAGUUAAUCGGCUUAAGUCCCUUCUGCCCACCAUCAUCUCGGAGAGUCAGAGUGCUUUUAUUGCUGGUCGAAGUAUUCAGGAUAAUAUAAUCUUAGCUUUUGAGGCCUUGCAUGGUUUUAAAGUGCAUCAAAGGAAAAAAGAGUUUUCUGGGGCCCUCAAAAUGGAUAUCAGCAAGGCCUAUGAUAGACUUGAGUGGGGUUUCAUUCGGGAUAUUCUUCUUCGGCUGGGUUUUGCGCAACAAUGGGUUGCUUUGCUGUUCUCUUAUAUUUCCAUUGUUCGUUAUUGGAUCCUGCAUGAUAGCAAGGAGUUAGGCCCUAUUGUCCCUACAAGGGGAUUGAGGCAAGGAGACCCCUUAUCACCGUACUUGUUUAUUCUUUGUGCUGAGGGGCUUUCCCGUCUCCUGCAAAAUUGUAUAAGCAGUGGAAGCCUUCAUGGGUGA